AAAUGGAGAGUGACCGUUGAGUCGGUGCGGCGCUAGUGUUGUUCAUCGGUCCAGUCAGUGUCGGGUGGAGACAGCGAGCAUGAUGGUAGUGUUGGUGUGAGUGCACGCUAGCGUGGAUGUGUUCUCUACUCAUCUCUUCUCUUGUCGAAAAUUUAGAGAAUAAGUUUUGGUUAUGGUGCUUUUAACCCUUCUUCUUUUUUGCAUGAGUGCAAGAACAGGGCUCGCACAGAAUGUUUAUCACAACCAGUUUGCCGUCCGUGUUCCUCUUGGAUUGCAAGCUGCAAAUGACGUCGCCAAAGAACAUGGAUUUAUCAACAUUGGACAGAUCGGUUCGCUGGAGAACUUCUUCCUCUUCGAGCACCCGCAUGUCCACAAGCGCUCUGUGGACGCCGCCCACCACCACUGCUCCAACCUGGGCGACCAUCCGCACGUGGAUUGGGUGGAGCAGCAGGUGGAGCUGAAACGCGUGAAGCGUGACGGGCGCGAUCUCAUCACACCACCCGUAGAGGGUAACCACACCACAGCACCACCGCAUGCAGAGGGUAACCGGACAGCACGGCAGCUCUUCAGCCUGAACACAUUUCGCAGCCUCGGCCUCUUCGGACCUCCGCAACGCAACGGACGCCACGAUGGGCAGUUCUCAGACCCGCUGUACGGGCAACAAUGGUACUUGAACCGAGGCGCCAACGGCGGCUACGACAUGAACGUGGCGCCCGCCUGGCAGAAGGGCUACACCGGCAAGGGCGUUACUGUGAGCAUCCUGGAUGAUGGCAUCCAGCACAACCACCCCGACAUCGCACGCAACUAUGACCCCGCGGCCUCGACCGACAUCAACGACAACGACCCGGACCCCAUGCCCCGCGACAACGGAGACAACCGCCACGGUACGCGCUGUGCCGGCGAGGUCGCUGCCAUGGCCCACAACAACCAGUGCGGUGUUGGAGUUGCCUACAACGCUGGGAUCGGAGGUGUGCGCAUGCUGGACGGAACUGUCAACGACGCGGUCGAGGCGCGGGCCAUCAGCCUCAACCCCAACCACAUCGACAUCUACUCGGCGUCCUGGGGCCCCGAGGAUGACGGCAAGACGGUUGACGGACCAGGACCCCUCGCCAAACGGGCCUUCAUCAACGGAGUCAUGAGGGGUCGUUUCGGCAAAGGUUCAAUUUUUGUGUGGGCUUCAGGCAACGGCGGCCGCCACACCGACAACUGCAAUUGCGACGGAUACACAAACUCCAUCUUCACGCUCUCGAUUUCGUCGGCGUCGCAGCGGGGGAUCAAGCCCUGGUACCUGGAGGAAUGCUCGUCCACGCUGACGUCGACCUACAGCAGCGGCACGCCAGGCCUCGACCGCAGCGUCGUCACCGCCGACAUGGACGGCGGCCUGCGCCCCGGCCAUACCUGCACCACCGAGCACACCGGCACGAGCGCGUCGGCGCCCCUGGCGGCCGGCAUCGUCGCCCUCGCACUGGAGGCGAACCCCGACCUGACGUGGCGGGACAUGCAGCACCUCGUCGUGCGAGCCUCCAGAGUUGCUCCCCUGGCGCACGAGUCCGGCUGGAUCCUCAACGGCGUCGGCAGGAAAGUGAGCCACAAGUUCGGCUACGGGCUGCUGGACGCAGGCAAGAUGGUCGAGCUGGCAGAGCAGUGGACGACUGUGCCGCCCCAGCAUGUCUGCCAGACGUCCAUUAACUCCGCCAGCAUGACGCUGGGCACGGCGCACGGGGCCUCGGUGACCUCCGAGAUCAGCACGGGCGGGUGCGCGGGCACCAACGGGGAGGUGCGGUACCUUGAACACGUCCAGGCCAAGGUGUCCCUACGCUUCUCCCCUCGUGGCAACAUCCAGAUUAAACUGAUCUCGCCCUCGGGUACUCCCUCGACACUCCUCUUCGAACGACCUCGCGACAUUUUGUCCGAGAAGUUUGACGACUGGCCCUUCCUGUCGGUGCACUACUGGGGCGAGAAGGCCGUCGGCACAUGGAGACUAGAAGUUACAAACGCUGGCUCACGGGCUGCGCACCAGCCAGGCGUGCUGAUCCAGUGGCAGUUGAUCUUGCACGGCACGAAGGAGCAUCCCGAGAAACUGGUCUCGAACAGGUCGCCUGCUCACCAACAGCCCUCCUAGGUGCCUCUGUGAUAUUCAUUUCCUAGCAACUUAUGCACUCUAGAAAAUUGAAAUACAAUAUUUUAUAGUAA